GACAGAUAACUCAUAGUAGUAAGCAACCGAGGAGACACGGUGUCAGAGUCUGGAAUUGGGAGCAAAUCGGCACCGGAGAUACCAAUAAUAAUAACAGUCAUCAGUCAAACAACGACAAUGUGGUUUAUAUACUUUUUAAGCUGGCUUGGUCUUUUGUUACAGAUCUGUUUCAUUUCCUUAUCAGUUGCUGCUGGUCUUUAUUAUCUUGCUGAACUGGUGGAGGAGUACACAGUUUUUACAGCCAAAAUAAUCAAAUACAUGAUAUUUGCCACCACAACUGUGUAUUUAUGUCUGCUGUUAUUUGAAGAGUUUCCUUUCAUGAUGAUACUGUUCGGUUUAGUCUCCUGCCUCACACAUUUCUUACUUUUAAAGAGCUUCCCUUAUUUCGUUUUGAGCUCACCUACUUUUAUAGCAUCAAUUGUCUUCAUCUUUAUCAACCACUAUUAUGCCUUCAGCUAUUUUGCCACAGUCUACUAUACAUUUGGCGAGGUUCUUGGUUAUUUCACCAUCUGCCUUUGGUUUGUUCCAUUUGCUUUCUUUGUGUCGCUGUCCGCCAAUGAGUAUGUCCUUCCAACGGUGUUAGAAAACAGGCCACUGAAUACCAGAGAUGACAAAGACAUGGAUGUAGUCAGCAAUUACUUCAACCGACGAGGUAAACGCUACGGUUUGCUGUCCUUCUUCAAAUACGCCCAGGAGAGCAUUCUUCCUCAACGAGUGAAGAAGCAGUUCUAAGCUGCA